AUGGCGACCAUCAGCACCUGCACCAUCGGCUUCCCGCGCAUUGGGUCCAACCGGGAGAUGAAGAAGGCGCUGGAAGCCUACUGGGCUGGCUCCAACGACGCCCAGGCCCUGCUGCAGGCCGCUGCGGGCGUGGAGGCCGACGCGUGGCGCUGCCAGGCGCGCGCCGGCAUCCAGCUCAUCGCCCUGGAUAGCACCCUGUAUGACCACGCCCUCCAGGAGCGCUCCGCCACGGGCGCCCCCGCCGCCGUCCCCGGCGCCGCAGCCCUGCCCGUUUACUUUGCGAUGGCGCGGGGCGCAGAGGGAGCUCCCGCCUGCGACAUGUCCAAGCACUUUGACUCCAACUACCACCACAUCGUGCCGGAGCUGGAUGAGCAGUCGGAGCCCCGCCCCGACUGGUCCCUGCUGCUGGACAGGGUGAAGCGCGGGCAGGAGGCGGUGGGCCGCGAGCGCGCCGUGCCCAUGGUUGUGGGCCCCAGCACCCUACUGGGCCUGGCCCGCGGCUCGUUUGACCGCUCCUCCCUGCUGGCCCGCCUGGCCCCGGCCUAUGCCCAGUUGCUGCGCCAGCUGGCAGAGCUGGGCGUGCCCGAGGUGCAGAUCCAUGAGCCCAUCCUGACCAUGAGCGGCUCCGAGGGGCUGGCCGCCGACUGCGCGGCCUGCUAUGCCGAGCUGGCCGCCGUGGGCCUGCCCAUCAACAUUGUCGUGGCCUACGAUGACGAGACGUACAAGUGGCUGGUGGAGCUGCCCGUGGCGGCCCUGUCCCUGGACUUCCUGGGGGUGCCAGGAGCCGAAUACGGCUCCAGCACCGCCCAGCACAUCGCCAAGCACGGCUUCCCAAAGAGCAAGCGCCUGGGCGCGGGCGUGAUUGACGGGCGAGGCAUCUGGGCGGACCAGGGGCAGGCGGCUCGCCUGGUGGCCUCGCUGCGGGCGCUGCUGGGAGAGGAGCAGCGCAUUGCGACCUCCACCUCCCUGCAGCACGUGCCGUACGACCUCGCCGCCGAGGAGGUGCCCCCCGCGGGCCUGGCCCGCCCGCUGGCCUUUGCGGUGCAGAAGCUGGGGGAGGUGGUGGGCACGGCCGCGGCCGUGCUGGGCGCCGCCCCGGGCGCCAUCCCCGCCCUGGACCUGGCCGCCUUCACCGGCGCCCCCGGGGGCGCGCCUCGGGAGCUGCCUGCCGACAUGUUCCGCCGCCCCGAGCCCUACGCCGAGCGCAGGCCCAAGCAGGUGCAGUACCCGCCCUUCCCCACCACCACCAUCGGCAGCUUCCCUCAGACUCCCGCCAUCCGCCGCUCCCGCCUGGCGUUCAAAAAGGGGCGCCUCAGCCAGGAGCAGUACCGCGAGAAGAUGGCGGGCGAGAUUGGCCUCUGCAUCGGCGUGCAGGAGGCGCUGGGCCUGGAUGUCCUGGUGCACGGCGAGCCCGAGCGCAGCGACAUGGUAGAGUACUUUGGCCUCAAGCUGGGCGGCUACCACUUCACCGAGCAGGGCUGGGUGCAGAGCUACGGCUCGCGCUACGUGCGGCCACCCAUCGUCACGGGCGACAUCUCGCGUUCCGGGCCCAUGACUGUGCAUGAGUACGAGCUGGCGCAGGGCCUGACCAGCAAGCCUGUGAAGGGCAUGCUGACGGGCCCCGUGACCAUCCUGCAGUGGAGCUUCCCGCGCCGCGACGCCACCCGGCGCCAGCAGGCGGAGCAGCUGGCGCUGGCGCUGCGCGACGAGGUGGCAGACCUGCAGGCGGCGGGGUGCCGCGUGGAUGAGCCUGCGCUGCGCGAGGGCCUGCCUCUCAAGGCGGGCCGCCGCGACGAGUACCUGCGCUGGGCGGUGGGCGCCUUCCGCCUGGCCACCGCCUGCGCCAUGCCCGAGGUGCAGGUGGUCACCCACCUCUGCUACUCCGACUUUGCCGACAUCAUGCCCGCCAUCGAGGCCAUGGACGCCGAUGUGCUGACCAUUGAGAACAGCCGCUCCGGCAACGAGAUGAUUGCCGCCCUGGCCGGCACCGGCUACCCUCGCGACGUGGGCCCCGGCGUGUACGAUGUGCACUCCCCUGUGGUGCCCACUGUGGGCUGGCUGGCCGACCGCAUCCGCUCCUUCCUGGAGGUGGGGCUGCUGGAGGGCGAUGCCUGCCGCAUCCACGUCAACCCCGACUGCGGCCUGAAGACGCGCCGGUGGGAGGAGGUGCUGCCCUCCCUGCGCAACAUGGUGGCGGCGGCCCACCUGGUCCGCGCUGAGCUGGCAGCCGCGGACAGGCUGCGCCCCAGGCGCCCCACCACGCCCUACAAGCCCCACUCGGGCGCCGCCCAGCGCAGCGCCUCAUGCGCCGCGCCCUGCUGCGCGCCCUGA